GGAAGCCUGGUCUGGCAGUGCCGGCGGUCUCGCUUUGCGGCCGCGGUGAGAGCGGGAGGCAGGCCGGCCUGGCUGGGUGAUGAGGGUCCCGGAGAGCCGGCAGUGAGAGUCUCUCAGCAUGGCCGACACCCCGUGUGGGAGCAGCCUGGCCGUCAGCGGCCCCCCCGGGCCGGAGGAGGACGAGGGCCCCAAGGGCCACCACCGCCACCAUCACCCCCACCAUCACCACCACCAGCUCAACGGCCUGAUCAGCCCCGACCUGCGGCACCUCAAGGCCGUGUCCCUGCCGGGCCCCGGGGAGCCGGACACGCGGACUGCGGGGGCCCCGAACGGGCUGGACCGGGCCCCCAGGAGCCCCCGGGGCCCCGAGCCGGCAGACAGCUCCCUCCCCGCCGGCCUGGCCGCCUGCAGCCUCCGGGAGGAGCCGGACAUCCGAUACGUGCGCUACGAGUCCGAGCUCCAAAUGCCGGACAUCAUGAGACUGAUCACCCGAGACCUGUCCGAGCCCUACUCCAUAUACACCUAUCGGUACUUCAUCCACAACUGGCCCCAGCUCUGCUUUCUGGCCAUGGUGGAAGAAGAGUGUGUAGGUGCCAUUGUCUGCAAGCUGGAUAUGCACAAAAAGAUGUUCCGGAGAGGUUAUAUAGCCAUGUUAGCGGUGGAUUCCAAAUACAGACGGAAAGGCAUUGGUACAAAUUUGGUAAAGAAAGCUAUUUAUGCCAUGGUUGAAGGGGAUUGUGAUGAGGUGGUCCUGGAAACUGAGAUUACAAACAAGUCUGCUUUGAAACUUUAUGAGAAUCUUGGUUUUGUGCGAGAUAAGCGCUUGUUCAGAUACUAUUUAAAUGGAGUAGAUGCACUGCGUCUUAAACUAUGGCUGCGUUGAGAAAGAGAAUGUCAAAUCAAGGAGCAAAUUCCCAGUGGAUGCUCGGACAGGACAUCCCCUCCAUGCAGCUCUUCUGUCAGUAUCCCAUUGCGUCGCAAAUAUUUGUUGCACUAAGGCAUGGCGCAUUUGUCCUAAGAGCAGUGUUUCGAACAGCAGAGAGACCUUUUGGUACCAGCAAGAUGUGCCAGUGGCUAGCCAAGACAUAUUCAUUAAUUUGCAAAUCUACUGACUGCGUUAAAUAAAAACAAAAAAAUAUAUGAACAUUUAUCAGAGACCUAAUGUGAGAACUGCAAUUACAGAGAUUACAGCAGCCAAUGUAAAUUGUAAAAUUCUAUAAAUGUACUAACAUUUCAUACAAUCCUUGCCAUAGUUUUCUGAGGAAGGACGGGGAGGAAAGCUUACAUUUUAGGUUUUAAUUUCCAACUUUAAAUUUGCAUUCUUGAAUAUUGGUACCUCGGUGAAUAGUCAAUGGGGGAGGGGGGAAUCAAAUGUAUUGUAGGGUGGUGUGUGUGUGUGUGUUACAAUAAGUAACGGUAAUUACAGUCUGCCAGUGCCUGUUUGGGGUCAGUAAAGUUUGUCCUCACCCUCUUGCUAACUGCAUGCUUUUCUUCCCAAUCGACUUUACUUUUAUUUAAAUUUACAGUAAAUUAUUUCAGAUUUCGAUAAUUUAGACCUUUUUUUUGUUUUCCCAAUCAUUUGAGUGGUGAUUAAAGGAAACACUCACUUUUUUUUUUUUUUCUCACAAAGUGUAAGCUAUUUAGGGAAUAAAACAAUCAUUUAGCUGCUAAAAAGGAUAUAAUAACAAAAAACAAUACUAUAACUUAAAUCUAUGCUGGUUCUGGAUGCACUUUUCUUUACGAAUGAGGGGUUUUAAAGGAAAAGAAAUAUUGUAAAUUUGGUAUGAUUUUAUUUAAUACUGUUAUUGCAAAAAUCUCUAGAGAAUCCUUUUUUCCCCUCUUAUUUUUUCCCCCUCUUAUUUUUUUUCCCCUUUCAUCUUCCCAUUUUAUAGUCUUUUUAGGGGUUUUCCCCCCCAUACAAUUUUUACUGAGAUAUCCGCUUCACUUUAUCCUAAACAUUCUCUUUUGUCUUUAAAAUAAAUCUAAAAGUUCUAUUGUAUUACACUGCAUCUGCAUUUAUUUCAUGUUAAUCUAGAAGAGACUGUUCUUCACUGUAGGAUAUAAAGUAAUAUUUUCAUUCACAGAUCUCACAAUUAUACUAUUUAAUAUAUGUGUAUUUUUAUUUUUCCAAACAAAGCCAGUAUAAAUGUUCCUUUCCCCCUCAUUUAUUCUUCAUUAUAUCUCAGUUUUUUGGCAGAAUUUUUUUUAAAUGUUUUUUGUUUAAUGAUUUAUAGCCACCAAUAUUUUUAUGAAUCUUAUACCUACUGCUAAGUACUGAUUUUCAACUUUAAAACUGUACAGGUGUAUGAUUUAUGUCUGUAAAUUAACAGGCCUUCUAAGCAGAUAGAAAUAAUUUAAAUGAACGAACCCAUUCUAAAAUAUCAGAUUUACAGUAAUUCUUUAUAUUUUCCAUAAUUUGUUUCAAUACUUUGUCAAUAUUAAGUUUGAGGAAUUCAUUUUGGUGCUUGCUGUUAAAUUAGUUUUUUUUUUCUGCUUGUGUGUUCAGCGUUUGAUCUGUCUCCAACAGAAUUUGUACUGUAUGUUAGUGUCCUAUAUAAUGAAAAUCAAAACAAUUUCACCCAUUUCUGAAAAGGUAAAAUCACUUUUAUUGAGAUCUUAACUUUUCCAUAAACGCAAUGUUGGAUCAUAACUUAAUUGGAAUCAUUACAUUCUAAAUGUCACUAAAAUGCAAAACAAGAUUGUUCUUAAAAAGAUCAUUAAUAUAUUUCAGUGUUGAAUAUAUUUGCUUAUUAAAUGUUGUAUUUUUUUUUUUCCCUCAUCUGCCUUAACCCUUUCAGUGCUGAAAUAAUAAACCAUACAACACAAUUGCGGUUUUUGCAGCUCUGAACUGGUUACUUUCAAGUACUCGUACAUUCUGCAAAACAUUGCAUUACUUUUAGCACUGAAACGCUAAAUACAAUUUUAAUGGGGUUGGUGUGCGUUCUAAAAUAAACCUUGUUCUGCUGUGUUUUUGGUGAUGUA